GGUGCAGACUUUUAUACAAGUACUGUCUGCUGCGACUGGAGAACAUUCACACAGCGGUUGGUUAGGACAGGCGUGGGUUUUGGAUGAUAGAGUCACAUUUGUAUGUUUACCAUGGAGCUUAAUGGAACACUGAGUGGAGAUAUGAUCGAUGAGCUCACCAUUGUGUACUUAGUAUCACUUACCCCCAGUGUCAUUGGGAGUGUUUCUGUGCUGGUCGUGUCCUUGGUGAGAUGGAAACAUCUAAAACAGCAACAGGUGCACCUCCUCGUGCAGCUCACCCUGGCAGACCUCCUGGCCGCUCUGACCCUCAUGUUCACCAGUGUGAUGAACAGAGUCAGAACAGACGACAGUGUCACCAUCUGCCAACACAGCCUGCCGCUGUCACUGACUUUUUACUUCGUUUCAUUCCUGCUGGUGGUGGUUUAUGCGUGGAAGUCCAAGGACGCAAUCCAAGGAUGGAGAACAAGACCAGCAGAGGAUGAGAGUGAACAGAGUCAGUAUAGGAGGAGAAUAUUGCACAUUGCUGUGAAUGUGAGUGUGUGGUUGAUUCCCACAGCGAUAUACGUAGGAUAUGUGCUCACUCCUUUCAUGAAAGAAGCGUUGGUGAUUCCAGUCGCUAACAAGCGAAUAAACAUCCGUAAUAACAGCAAGUACUGCAACAGUUGUCUUUUGUUCUUGCACAUAUGGAGGGACUCCUGCUCGGAUACUGAGUUCAAACACGACAUAUUUAUCAGAACCUUUCUUUUCCUCGUGGUGAUUCCAGUGAUGCUGUCUUGCUCUGUCAUUUACUAUAAGGUUGGUAAAUGGUAUGAGAGACAUCAUUCUCAGGGGAUUUUUCCAGUCGAGGGAGACGGACGCUCAAGACGGAGAUUCUCCAGAGAGUUCUCUACGGCCAGAAAUAUGGUGUUGGUCAUCUUGUUCUGUUGGGCACCAGCUCUCGUCCUCAUCUUGCUGUCCACCCUCAUGACAUGGACACAUGUGGAGCAGCGCAGCCUGUUUGGCCUUUAUCUGAUACAGGCUGCCAGUGUGUCCCUGCAGGGCUUCCUGAACAGCAUGGUCUACGCCUGGAGACGACCAAAUUUCACAGAGGCCGUCCUCGGGGAGAACACGCCACUGGUGGCUCACAACCACGUGGCCUUUUUUGAUGAAUCGCUGAAGAGCUCGUUGACUGAGCGUUGACUGGAAACUCACUGACACUUAGAGACAGUUGUUGGCACAGUGAAGUGGCCUGAGGAAGACUGUCUGUCUGUCUGUCUGUCUGCCUGCCUGCACACUUCCUGACUUCAUUCACUGAGACUGAAACCUAAUACGCCCUCAUUGUCUGACUGAAAAGAGAAACACUCGUUGAACCAGCAGUUGUUUUUUUUAUUAUUAUGAUUAUUAUGUGACUUUGUUCAUGUGAUAAGCAAAGUCACACAGGGACGUUUCUCUGUAAAAAGAAUUUUGUUUUAUUUAUAUGGCAGAAUUAUGAGGUGUGUUAUUAUGUGUGUUAUUUAACAGUGAGAGAGAAAGCCCACAGUCACAUUUCUGUCAUGUCAGUAGCAGAUGUCAGCCUGCGGUGGUGGAGUUCACUCUCAGGAGCACGUGUGUUGGAACACUGAGGAAUGCUGACUUGUUUAAGACAAGACAAAAGGGGGCGGAGCAUCUGCUUUGUUAUGCCUGUGUGCAAUCACAACUUAUCUCGUAAGAAAAAGAAAAAAAAGAACGAGUGAUUGUGCAACGCUGGGGUCUCACACAGGGCAUUCCUGUCACGCUCUUCUUGUGUUACAGUAUUUCAAACUCCAUGACCGCGUUUUAGCCGUUUUUGUCACACCGACUUUCUGUUAAUGGUUGACCGACUGCUUUAUUUGCACUCGCUCUUUUGCACUUACUUACUAUUACUGUAUGUUCUGUACUGUGAUGUAAACUUUAUGUUCAGUUAUGACUGUGCUCAUAAUCAGCAAUAUGGAUUCAUUAAAACAAAAGGGUUACACUGCCAUA